CCGGGGCUGUGUGUGCGCAGCGGGAGGCUGCGGCGGCGCGGCGCUGGCUGCGGGUGCAGCGACGGCGCUAGCCCGUUCCUCGGCCUCUGCUCGCGGCCGCUGUCUCUGCCUCUCCCUGCCUUGUCCGAAAUGGAUCUGCCCGUGGGCCCCGGCGCGGCAGGGCCCAGCAACGUCCCGGCCUUCCUGACCAAGCUGUGGACCCUCGUGAGCGACCCGGACACCGACGCGCUCAUCUGCUGGAGCCCGAGCGGGAACAGCUUCCAUGUGUUCGACCAGGGCCAGUUUGCCAAGGAAGUGCUGCCCAAGUACUUCAAGCACAACAACAUGGCCAGCUUCGUGCGGCAGCUCAACAUGUACGGCUUCCGGAAAGUGGUCCACAUUGAGCAAGGUGGCCUGGUCAAGCCCGAGAAGGACGACACUGAGUUCCAGCACCCAUGCUUCCUGCGCGGACAGGAGCAGCUCCUAGAGAACAUCAAGAGGAAAGUGACCAGCGUGUCCACCCUCAAGAGCGAAGACAUAAAGAUUCGCCAGGACAGUGUCACCAAGCUGCUGACCGAUGUGCAGCUGAUGAAGGGGAAACAGGAAAGCAUGGAUUCUAAGCUGCUGGCCAUGAAGCAUGAGAACGAGGCCCUGUGGAGGGAGGUGGCCAGCCUGCGGCAGAAACAUGCCCAGCAACAGAAAGUCGUCAACAAGCUCAUCCAGUUCCUGAUCUCCCUGGUGCAGUCAAACCGGAUCCUGGGGGUGAAGAGAAAGAUCCCCCUGAUGCUCAGUGACAGCGGCACGGCGCACCCCAUGCCCAAGUAUGGCCGGCAGUACUCGCUGGAACAUGUGCACAGUGCUGCCCCAUUCGCGGCCUCAUCCCCCACCUACAGCGGCUCCAGCCUCUUCUCCCCAGACACCGUGGCCAGCUCCGGCCCCAUCAUCUCCGACAUCACUGAGUUGGCUCCAGCCAGCCCCUCGGCCUCCCCAGGCGGGAGCAUCGACGAGAGGCCUCUGUCCAGCAGCCCCCGGGUGUGUGUCAAGGAGGAGCCGUCCAGCCCCCCUCAGAGCCCCCAGGUGGAGGAGGUGAGCCUCGGGCAGCCUUCCUCUGAGGUGGAGACGCCCUUGUCCCCAACUGCCCUCAUCGACUCCAUCCUGCGGGAGAGCGAGCCCACCACCGCCCCCUCGGCCACCCAGCCCACGCCCCUGUCCGCCACCGCCCCGGAGAAGUGCCUCAGUGUGGCCUGCCUGGACAAUUGGGCUCGCGCUCCACAGAUGUCUGGGGUCGCCCGCCUCUUCCCCUGCCCCUCCUCUUCCUCUCUGCAUGGCCGAGUCCAGCCAGGGAACGAGCUCAGUGACCACCUAGAUGCCAUGGACUCCAACCUCGACAACCUGCAGACCAUGCUGAGCAGCCACGGGUUCAGUGUGGACACCAGCGCCCUGAUGGACCUGUUCAACCCCUCGGUGACCGUGCCGGACAUGAGCCUGCCAGACCUGGACAGCAGCCUGGCCAGCAUCCAGGAGCUCCUAUCCCCCCAGGAGCCACCACGGCCUCUGGAGGCAGAGAGCAGCAGCCUGGACUCAGGGAAGCAGCUGGUGCACUACACAGCGCAGCCCCUGUUCCUGGUGGACCCUGGGCCGAUGGAUGUGGGUGGCAGCGACCUGCCCGUGCUCUUCGAGCUGGGGGAGGGCUCCUACUUCUCUGAGGGGGAUGACUACGCAGAAGACCCCACCAUCUCCCUGCUGACAGGCUCUGAGCCCCCCAAAGCCAAGGACCCCACCGUCUCCUAGAGGCCCAAGGAGGAGCCAGGUGGGGCCACCCACCCUCCCCCCAGCUCAGGGCUGGCCGAGGGCCCAGGACCAGGGUCCUGGGGCAGAAAGAGGACCUGCGGGGCAGGCUGGGAGCGGCCAAUUGGCAGCCCCGCCGCAACCCCACCUGGGUCAGGGUGACGCAGUCCCGGGACCUGCCCAGCCCGGUGCCUUCACUUCCAGCCCUGUGAGCCCCCUGAUCUAAGGGGGGGCUUGGCAGCCACACUUUGGACUGGCCCUGCUGUUGUUCAUAGUCAGAGUUGUAUUUUGAAUUUUUACAGAGAAGUCCCACUCCCUUCUGUAGAGAUUCACAGACACACACGGACGGAGAUCUAUAAACAACAUGCUCUACGCUUAA